CGCCAUUGUGUGUCAGAGUCUCCGGCAGCUCGGACGGUUCGUGUUUCUGCAGCUGACAGGACUUUAAAUCGCCCUCCAUGUUUCUCCCUCUCUCUCCGGCCCUCCUGCACACGAUACAUGUUCGGUAAAGGUGCGAAGCGGAAGCUGGACGAGGAUGAAGAGGGGCUGGAAGGCAAAACGCUGGAGGUGGCGGUGGCGGGAGGGGGACUCAGCCUCUGCCCAGAGGGCCUGUCUAAGGUGUCCUACACCCUGCAGCGCCAGACCAUCUUCAACAUCUCGCUGAUGAAGCUGUACAGCCAGAGGCCGCUUGGCGAGCCCAGCCUGGAGCGCCGUGUCCUUAUCAACAACAUGUUGCGACGCAUCCAGGAUGAACUCAAGCAGGAGGGUUCACUGCGGCCACUACUCCUGCCACCGUCACCGCCACCUGACGACCCCAUGGAUGAGGGCUUCCGUGAUGCUCCGCCCUCCUUUGGUGUUUUAUCAGCGACAGCAGCAGCACAGGUAUCCCAGCCUUCUGUGUUGUUGAUGCCGGCAAUCGCUCCACCGCCUUCACCCCACCCAAUGGUGCCUCCCAACUGCCAGGCGUCCCAGGCAUGCCCCAGCCGUGCAGAGACUUGUCUUGCCCCUCUGGAAGCCUGCCUCACUCCAGCCUCGUUACUGGAGGAGGAUGGAGGAGAUUCAACCUUUUGUGCUCCAUCCCCACCAACUCCUCCUCUGUCGCCUCCCCUAGCGCAGUGUCCCACAUUACCUUUGGCACUUCUGAGCCCGGUUUCCCCCCAUGUCACUGUGCCUGUCUUGUCCAGUGACAGUUUCCCCUCCACGCUGGGUGACAUAGAGUUGGGUCCUCCCACAGCCAUAACAAGGACAGCAGCAGCUAAUACUACAACCGUGACUACCUCCCCAGCUCCCACGCCACUCACCCGGCCCUCCCAGUUAGCACCUCUUUCCCCAUCCAGAGACUGCAGGACCAUGGGCUAUAAACCAGAGGCAGCUAGCGUCUUGCUAGCUGAAGCUCGCUGCACCGAGCUCCGGCCCAUGGACAAUCUGCCCACACUGCCCCCUGGUGGCUUAGUAGACAUUUCCUCUUGUCCCUCCUCACCUCCUUCCUCUGCCUCACCCUCGGGGUUUCUCUCAGACUUGGCGCUGGACGAUGUCCUGUUUGCCGACAUUGACACGUCCAUGUAUGACUUUGACCCCUGUACAACAACGGGGGGCAGUGGCGUGGCGGCAAGCGGCGGCCUUGCCAAACUGUCACCGGUGGUGACGACAGACGACCUCCUCAAAUCGCUUUCGUCACCAUACAGCGGCUCCGCCCCGCAGGUUUCAGCCAAUCAGCCUUUUAAAAUAGAUCUGACAGAACUGGACCACAUCAUGGAGGUGUUGGUGGGGUCGUGACUCAUAGACACCAACACGUCAGAAACACACAAACGGUUUGAUCUGGAAAACAGACUGGAAUGAAAAGUUGUGAUCGCUUUUGGGGCCGUCUUGGUCGUUUUUAUGUUUGUCUUUUUUAAACUUUGUUCAAAGAUCGGUAAUUGUAAACAUCGAUUGUGAUGUCACUUUGUACUACUUUGACAACUACUACUACUACACAACACUGUGCAUGCACUGUGCUCGCUUUUCCAAAUAUGGAAAUGAAGUAAC